AGCUUAGAGCAUAGGGGUGAAGGAAAGAGAAAGGGAUCAUUGUGCAUUGUUUAGAUAGAGACGGAAAUGAAAGAGAUGCAUAUACCGCUGCUGCUCUAGUUACAAUUCAAAUGUCAAAAUGGCGGUUAAGCAUUAAUGGUUUAAGAAGUGUACUUGGGAGUGUUUGUGGCUUCAAAGAGAAAUUGCCUUUCAUGUAUUAAUUGAGAUUCGAAUCUUGUUAGAGCAAUAUCGUAUUAGUAGCUAGUAAUGUACCUCCUACCGUCCACCGCUUCCAGUGCAUAUAUCUUGGGAAACUUUGGAUAAGCUUGUUCUAAGCAUAGUGUUUAAUAUUGCAUUUUGGUUCGUGGUGCUCCUUUAUAGACAUAGCUGAGUAUUCUGGCAUCCAUAUCUAUCACCAUUGAGGUUGAAUUUAUAGGGGUUGUGGUCUAAUUUGCUAUGGACCAAUCAAACGAUGAGAAUUGUAUUCAGUUCGCUUCUCCUGAAUAUCCAAAUACAGAAUUUCGACCUGAACCUCAGGUUUUUACAUUGGACCCUCCUGAUCAUUUACAUCAUAAUUUAAAGGCUCCAAAUGAUAAUCAUUCCGAGGCUAAGCCUGUGCUUAAUUUCUCUUUACAAACAGGAGAAGAAUUUGUACUCGAGUUCAUGCGUGAUCGUGUUAAUCCCGGGAAAAAUUAUGUUCCCAGUACUUCAGGUGAUCCUAGUUUCCCGCAAGGUUACUUGGAGCUAAAAGGCAUCUUAGGCAUCAGUCAUACUGGAUCUGAAGGUGGUUCAGACACUUCCAUGCCAGCGAUGGUUGAAAAAGGUCCCAAAGAAUUUGAGAAACAGAACUUUUCUUUACAUGAUCACAAAAAUUACAAUGGGUCAGUGCAAUCAGUGCAACAAAAGUCAUCGGAUUACAACAGUUUUGGCCCUCUUUUGUAUACCUCAUCUGGAACAUGUGAUGAUUCAGUGGCAAAGCUUAAGGCAAUGUGUAGCUUCGGUGGUAAGAUAUUACCUCGGCCUAGUGAUGGGAAGCUCAGGUAUGUUGGUGGUGAAACACGGGUUAUCCGCAUCAGGAAGGACAUUACAUGGAAAGUAUUGUGGCAGAAAGCUGUAGCAAUAUAUGAUCUAACUCAUAUUGUAAAAUAUCAACUACCUGGGGAGGAUCUUGAUGCUUUAGUUACUGUAUCCUGCGAUGAGGAUUUGCAGAAUAUGUUGGAGGAGUGCAAUGUCCUAGAAGAUGGAGAUACUUCAAAAAAGCUUAGGAUUUUCUUGUUUUCCAUCUCUGACUUGGAUAAUGCUCAUUCUAGUUUAACGAAUUCAGAUGCAGAUUCUGAGUUUCAGUAUGUAGUAGCCAUCAAUUCAUUGGAAACGGGAUCAAGAAAUAGCUCAACUUUGCAUUGUCUAGGUUCUUCUGCGAACAACUUAGCUGAGUUGGAUGGAAAUAACAUUGAGGACUCAGGUAGAUCUGUUAUGGGCUUUGUGGGUGCAAAUAACUUACCUUCAGCUGGUUUUGAUGACUCAUCAUCGAUUGCUAAAUCUGCUCAGCCUAAUGUACCUGGGGCCUCCAGUGCUUAUGAUACUGAUUUACGCUUUCAUUAUGGCCAGAUGGAAAAUUGUUAUGACAGUAAGCAGCAGCAGUUCCAAUGCGGUUAUAAUUCUAAUUCUCAUUUCUCAGCUGCUCAAAGUGCUACUCAGUGGUCCAAUGGUGUAGCGGACCCCCAUAUUGAAGGUCAAGUCUCCCAAACACGAGCAAAACAAUAUGGACCUGAUAUGUACAAUAAGGCUUUCGUUCCUGAGUCUGUCACCGUAGCGGUUGAUUCAACAGAUUUAAGCUUCUUUGAUCCUGCUCCACCAACUCAGAGGGGUUUCUGUUCUAUGCAAAUUCCAAGAGGGCAGGUAGAGUUGCUUAACAGGUUAUCAAAGUCGGACGAUUCACACAAUUCACAGUUUCUUGCAACUCAUGCACGUACUGAUAUUGCACAGCCAGAAAUUCUUAAAGAUUCCAUCGACAAAAUGCAAAAUCUGAACAUGAAUGAGCAGCUUGUUUCUACUCAGAAUUUGAAGCUGGUUAUUCCAAAUGCUGCAAAUAUGAAAAAUGACGUGCAUGUGGAUCAGGUUCACGUAGCUAAUCAGAAAACAGUAUGCACCGACAAUAAGUAUACAAACUUCUUAGUCAAGCGGAUGGAGGAUGAAGGAUCAAGGCCAAACCCACUGGCACAUGUGGAUGCUGACAACAACCAUGAAGAUGUCGGGGGUAUUCAUCUUGAAAUCCAUCAGGGUGAUAGGGCUGGCAGCAACUCUCAAGAGCAAUCUCAACCUCCAGAUUGGACGGGAAAUUACAAAAAGUGUGUUCUUCAAGGUGAACCAUCUGUUGUGUUACCCAGGUCUGAGCAAGGAGAUAUCUUGAUUGAUAUUAAUGACCGGUUCCCUCGUGAUAUCCUGUCUGAUAUAUUUGCAAAAGCUAUACUUUCUAAUAGUCCAUCCGAUAUUCCUCUAGUGCAGCAGGAUGGAGCUGGUAUGAGUUUAAACAUGCAAAAUGAGGAACCAAAACACUGGUCAUAUUUUCAAAAAUUGGCAGGUGAUGGAUUUGUUAGGAAAGAUAUUUCGCUAAUUGACCAAGAUCACAUUGCAUUCUCACCUGGUCUCCAAAAAGUUGAUGAAGAGCCUUCUUCAACAAUCAACUUGGAUCCGCAAAUAAAUAGUGUUGAGGAUAGUCCCACAGAGCUGUUUCAUGCACUUGGCAAAGUUGAUAGUCAAUUUCAAUUAGGGUUUGGUGCAACCCAAACAGAAGUUAGCGAGGACAUGCAUGAUGAUGAUAUGAUGGAUAAAUCUAGGGCGUUAGACAUCGAUUCUGAGGAUGGGUUUAAAAAUGUUGGACUGCCUCUAGGUCGUACACUUGCGGAAAUUGACAUCAACUCUCUGCAGAUCAUUAAGAAUGAAGACCUUGAGGAACUGAAAGAACUUGGUUCAGGCACAUUUGGCACAGUGUAUCAUGGAAAAUGGAGAGGAACAGAUGUUGCCAUUAAGCGGAUAAAGAAAAGUUGCUUCACUGGGCAAUUAUCGGAACUAGAGAGAUUGGCCAUAGAGUUCUGGAGAGAAGCUGAGAUUUUGUCAAAGCUUCACCACCCAAAUGUUGUGGCAUUUUAUGGUGUGGUGCAAGAUGGACCAGGAGGUACACUAGCUACUGUGGCAGAAUACAUGGCUGAUGGUUCGCUAAGACAUGUUUUGAUCCGCAAAGAUAGGCAUCUCGAUCGCCGUAAACGACUCAUAAUAGCAAUGGAUGCGGCAUUUGGUAUGGAGUACUUGCAUUCUAAGAAUAUUGUGCAUUUUGAUCUAAAAUGUGACAAUUUGCUGGUGAAUUUGAAAGAUCCAUCACGACCUAUCUGCAAGGUAGGUGAUUUUGGUUUAUCAAAGAUAAAGCGAAACACCUUGGUUUCUGGUGGUGUGAGAGGAACGCUACCAUGGAUGGCUCCAGAGUUGCUAAAUGGUAGCAGCAGCAAAGUUUCUGAAAAAGUCGACGUGUUUUCUUUUGGUAUUGUCCUGUGGGAGAUUCUCACUGGAGAGGAACCUUAUGCCAAUAUGCAUUAUGGAGCUAUUAUAGGAGGUAUUGUGAACAAUACUCUGAGGCCAACAAUUCCUGGCUACUGUGAUCCAGAAUGGAGGUGCUUGAUGGAGCAAUGCUGGGCCCCAAAUCCCGCAUCAAGGCCCUCUUUUACAGAAAUUGCUAGUCGAUUACGGUUAUUGUCUUCUGCUUUCCAGCACAAAACUACCGGUCACAAGGCAUCUAACUAAUAGCUGUCUACCUUCCACUUGUUUAUGUGGUAAAUUAAUUCAUUUUGUUGAAACAGCAGGCAUUAUGCUCAGGCAUUUAUAUAAACAAUUGCUCUACAUAUGAGGAUCACUUUUGUAUCAGGGAGAGCUACUUAUAUUUGCAUAUCCUGUUUGGGAAAAGCAAGAAAACAAGUCUUUUAUUCAUUCACAA